AUGCGCGCGUUAUUCUGGAACCUGCGGGGCUUCGGCCAUAAUGGCUGCCGCAGGCAGCUCAUUGAGUACAUGCGUGAGGAAUCCAUAGAUGUCGUGGCAAUCCAAGAGACAAUGCGCACCGAGUUCUCCCUCAUGGAACUGGAGCGUCUUAGUAGACAUCUCUUUGCUUGGCACUGGUUGCCACCUAGUGAGGUGACAGGUCACUCCGGUGGCAUCCUUUUAGGUGUGAAGGAUGCCACCUUUGAGGUGGGCUCCAUGGAUCGUGGAGCCCACUUCAUUAGUAUGGAAGUCUGGGAACAUGAUGUGAAUUUCAAAUGGGAGAUCAUCGUGGUAUAUGGCCCGGCCGAUCACAGUCGGUCCGCCUCUUUCUUGGCGGAACUUCAUGCCAAGCUUUCCUCCACGACCCUCCCGGUCGUGGUUGGGGGCGACUUCAACCUCCUUCGCUCCGCUGAGGAGAAGAAUAACUCGCAGGUUGACUUGGCAGAGAUGCGACGCUUCAAUGACUGGGUUGCGGACCUGGGUCUCCUCAAGCUAGACAGGGUCGGUACGAGAUUCACCUGGACUAAUGGACAGGUCUCCCCGACCCUUAGUGUGCUUGAUCGGGUGUUUGAAUCCCCCGACUAG